GUUUAGGAUUUUUGUUGAACAAGAAAUUUUUGUAAAUAAAGACAUAUUUAAAGAUUUUUUAAUUAAAAUACACUUGAAACAUGUUUAAAAUUACCAAAAGCUCUACACAAUUAAUUAAAAGCACAUUGACUAGAAAUGUCUCGUGCACGGCUAAAUUAUCGCUGGAUCAAAAGUGGCGUGAGGAACAAGGUUUGCCAGCCAAUCCCAAUGAGUUUGGACCUCUUACUAAUUUGCCCGAUUAUACAUUUUUGGAUGGUCGUCCCACACCCAUGGGCUCAAAUCAGAAGAAACGCAUAAUUAAACAGCAAGAAAUUGCCGCUAAAAUUGUUACCAUGAGCAAAGAAUUGGAUUCGGCCAAACAGCGUUACAAACAAUUGCAGGAACACCAGCAAAAGGAAAGGCAAUCGAUUAUGCAAGCAAAGUUAAAGCCCAAAGGCAAAUAUAUGUUGGAACAGAAAAAGUGAGCAGCUAAAUCUCUAUGAGAUGUUACAAAAAUAAGUGUUAAGGUCUUUAAAUGUUAAAUAUUUGUUAAAUAAAAUCAAAUAUACAAAA